GGCUUCUCUCAAACCAAUACUUUUUUCCGGGAUUAAACGCCAGCAAAUUCCCGGAACUAUUAUUCGUAGAGCUCCAGGUAUGAAAUACUAAGGGAAAAUUCUUUGAAAGUUUCCACCAACUUCGUUCCAGGAAUAUUUUUGUGGAUCUUAGUCGAAACUAUGUAAACAAACAAGUACUUUUCCUCGCGAAAGUAUUAAAUUGGAUUAUCCAGUGUGGUACCUCUGCGGUAAGUAAGUCAUUGCUGUGGAAACGAUGGCGUUCAGCAUAGCACGACCGAGUGUGCGUUUCGUCGCGAAACACGGCGGGUAUCAAUGUGUCCGAUCAGUGACGACGGUACCCGGUGAACCGAGUGGCCCAAAGGUAGUGACUUCUGAUGUUCCCGGACCAAAGUCCAAUGCUUUGCUGAAGGAACUGGGCAAAAUCCAGCAAACAGGCGGUGUUGCCAUGUUCAUGGACUACAAGAAAUCCAUCGGGAAUUACGCUGCAGACGUCGAUGGCAAUUUGUUGUUGGAUUGCUUCACUCAAAUCGCCUCCAUCCCGCUGGGUUACAGUCAUCCUGCCCUCAUGAAGGUUGCUAAAGCUGAAGAAAACGCGGCCAUUUUCGUGAACCGGCCCGCGUUGGGCAUGUACCCAACUGCCGACUGGCCACAAGUGCUUCAAAGGACCUUGAUGUCAGUGAGUGAGGCAUUUGUGGCCCCCAAGGGACUGGAGGAAGUCAUCACCAUGGCUUGUGGGUCGUGCUCAAACGAGAAUGCUUACAAGUGCUUGAUGUUCACACUGGCGGACAAGAAGCGAGGCGGAGCAGAUUUCCCGCAGAUCGAUCUGGACACCUGCAUGAUUAACCUGCCCCCUGGCUCCCCGAACUACUCCAUCUUGUCCUUCAAAGAGCAACGCGAGAACACUGGAAAAGAUGUUGCAGGGGUUGUCAUUGAGCCAAUACAAUGCGAAGGAGGGGAUCAUCACCCAUCCACAAAUUUCAUGCAGAAAUUGCAAGCAAUAACCAAGAAGGCGGAUGUUGGGCUCCUUGUGGAUGAAGUCCAGACAGGUUGUGGUAGCACAGGGAAAAUGUGGUGUCACGAGCACUACCAGUUGGAUGGCCCACCUGACAUUGUCACAUUCAGCAAGAAAAUGCUUACCGGUGGCUUUUACCUCUCAAAGAAAUAC